AUGAACUUUUCACUGAAGGGACUUUCCACCUCUUGUUUUGAACAACCGACAGUUAUAUCGUAUAAGACUGAAAAAGAAGAAAAGAGGCUGAAGGAGGUUUGUGAGAAACAUCCAGGAAUACCUCAACUGUUCUGUAUAGACGAACAGAGAGCUGUGUGUCCUGUCUGUGAGUUUUCUCUGCACCAGAACCACAAAGUGGUUCCUGUAGAGGAAGCAGUCGGUGAGCUGAAGGAGCUGAUGAAAUCUGACUUAGAGUCUCUGCAGAACAAGAGGAACAAAUACCAACAAGUGGAGGAAACAUAUAAAGUUGUGGUUCAACACUCCAAGAAGCAGCUGCUCUCUACAAAGAAGCAGAUCAGAGCAGAGUUCAACAAACUCCAGCGGUUCCUGAAAGAGGAAGAGGGGUCCAGACUGGCAGCUCUGAGGGAGGAAAAGAAGCAGAAGGGGAGGACAAUCAGCAGGAAGAGGAAGAUGAUCCAGGAGCAGAUCUCCUCUCUGUCAGACAGCAUCUCUGCUGUGGAAGAAGAGCUGCAGAAAGACAAAAUGACGUUCCUCAGCAGGUACAAACCCACUCGGGACAGAGCCAGAGAGCAGAGCUCAGUGUCAGAUCCACGGCUGCUCUCAGGAACUCUGGUAGACGAGGCCAAACACCUGGGAAACCUGGCCUUCAGAGUCUGGGAGAAGAUGGGGGACCAGGUCCACUUCAGCCCCGUGGUUCUGGACCCAAACACUGCAGCCCCCUGUCUCUAUCUGUCUGCUGAUCUGACCAGUGGAAGGAAGGAAGAUACAUGUCAGCAGCUUCCUGAUAAUCCAGAGAGAAUCAUGAACUUCUCCCAUGUUUUUGGUUCUGAAGGUUUCACCUCAGGGAAACACAGCUGGGAGGUGGAGGUGGGAGAUCAUCCCUCCUGGCUGCUGGGUUUGGUUAAAGACUCAGCUGAGAGGAAGAACGAGAGAAUUUCUUCACCUAAAUAUGGAGUCUGGUGUUUGAUGUAUCGUGAUGGAAUAUACGCCAAUGGUGAUGGAAUAUACGCCAAUGGUGAUGGAAUAUCUGGUGAUGGUGAGAUCGUCACGGUGGAGACGAGUCCCCGGAGGAUCAGAGUCCAGCUGGACUAUGACGGGGGGACAGUUUCCUUCUACAACGCUGAAGACAUGACACACAUCUACACUCACAGAGACACUUUCACUGAGAAACUCCUCCCUUUUUUUGGGAUUGGAAGGUCUUGUGAUGCAAAAACUUCUGAGAUCAGAAUCUGUCAGACAAAGAAUAAGAGAUUAAUAGAUUAA